AGUGAUCAGCAUCAUCCAGUGGUCAGGGAAUAACUGCAGCAAUCUCCAAACAACACUGUUCUUAUUGAUACACAUAUUAAUACUGACACUCACUGAUAUAUCACCAAUCCUCAGGACAUCAUCAAUAUUGAUUAGUACAUAUUGAUCCUAAUAAUAUCAGUGUAAUGUGGUGUUGUAGUGACUCAGUGUGACCACUGGAGGGCAGUAAAUACUCUGAUUAUUUCUUUCUGAGUCCAUAUCAAUCAGUUUAGAAAGAAAUGGAUCACUAUUGAAAUCCGUAUUUAUUGCAGUUUAAUAAUAUAUGUGUUCAUAUAUAGAGUGCCAUUAUCAGACUGAUGAACAUUAGUGCUAAAAUAAUGCAGUAAAUUUGUAAUAAUGUCCGUGUGAAUAUCAGUAUUAUUGGCAGUGUUGUAAUUACUGACAGUGACCACUGGAGGGACGUGAUCGUGAAAGUUUCUCUGUGAGUUACUUUAACAGUUCAGUUCCAUCCAGAUAAAUAUGACGCAUGAAUGUUUGUAUAGAAGACAUCACUGUUGGCAUGGGUGUGGUUAACAGUAGUCAUUAAUACAAUUCUAAUAACAAUAUUUAUGUAUUUAUAUAAUUUAAAACUCUGACACCUCUAUUUAAACAUUUUAAAUGUGCUCAGUCUGCUGUUGUAUUUUUCUUGACGCUGGUAGAGAUGAUGUUUAGUUUCCACAAGUUACAUACAGAAUAUAUUUAUUAUGAUGUUUUAAAGUUGAUUUAUUGGUUGAUUGAUCUCAGUAUUUAUAUUGAAAUUAUACAGAAAUCUUGUUUUUUUAAUAGAAUCUUGAAGACACAUGAACUCUGAUGCUUCUUAAUAAUAUUGUACAAAGAAAUAGUCAAAGAUAUAUUUCCAAUAACUUUGUAUUAUUGUAUUGUUUUGUAAAAUUUGGACCAAAUAUUAAACAUUUCCUUUUCUUCCAAAACAACAAAACACAGAACAGAAGUGAAUUUUAAAACAUUUAACAGAAUAUAUCCAUGUAAAGAGUUCUUAAACUUGAAAUUUAAUAUUAAAUUAAAUAUUUGAACAUUUUGUAAAGAUGAUGCUGAAUCUCUUAAUUUAAGAACAGUUGUAUUUAUGGCUGUGCUCCAAAAGCAAAAUUACAACUUUCCAAUAUAGGAAUAUUGGUUUUGGAGUCUUUAUGCAGGAAAAAAAUAUUGAAUAUCUUAUCUCAACAUUCAAUAGUUAAUUAACAACAAAUUAUUAUUUACAUUGAUUUAUUAACCUCCUGUGUUUGAAGCAUUUAAAAAAAUAACUGUCUUUCUAAACUCGUAUUAGCCUGCUACUGAUCAUUGAUCACUGAUCAGUAGUAAAACAUAAUUCAAACUCUAUGAUGAGUCUCUUUUCCCACACAAGACAGACAAAUGAAGUAUUUCAGUAUUUCAUUUUAUUUUUAUUUCUGAUUUAAUUUGGCUAUUAUUAUUAUUAGAUUUUUGAAUUAUGGCAGCCAUGUUACUUGAGUUUUAUGACUAAUGAAUUAACCUCAUGUUCUGUGAUGCUGGGUUGAAUUUGUCAAUAAAGUUUUAGGUUUAAAAAGGAAGAUUUUUGUGUUAUCUUUGAUGGAAAACACCUCGACCUCAUCGGAAUAAGUCGUGUAUUUGUUGCCCCUGACAUCUACUUGUUUCCUCCUGAUAGCUCACUGAGAAGUCCUUUUUCCUCCGGCGAGUUUCUGUUGUUGCUCAUUAAUCCGUUAGCUGAAAUAAUGAAGACUAAACCCGUGAAAGAGGUGGUUCAAUAAGGUAUAACUCGAGGACCGUUACCAACCCCCCCGGCUCCUCCCAGCUGGACGUUUCACUUUCACUUUCUAUGAUCGUCUGGCGCAGCUUCCUUUCUCCAUUUAAAAAAAGAUGAAAGUGCGUGUGAGCUGAUGUGGAUGUUUGCUCAGCAGCAUGAAUCAGUGUGAGGACAGAGAGGACGGAGUCCCUCCCUCUAAAACCAUUCUGUGUGGGGAACAUGACAGCCAGACCAAAGCUCAGAGCCCCGAGCAGCAGCACAAACCAGACUCUCCUGAACCUGGACCUGAACCUGAACCCAGCUGUGUGUCCUUAAAGAGUGACCGGUCCAUGGAGCCACCACUGCUUUUUAAAGGACAAGUUUUACAACUGGCAAAGACCUAUGGGAGACCAACCUCUACUGAACCUGGACCUGAACCCAGCUGUGUGUCCUUAAAGAGUGACCGCUCCAUGGAGCCACCACUGCUUUUUAAAGGACAAGUUUUACAACUGACAGAGAUCUAUGGGAGACCAACCUCUACUGAACCUGGACCUGAACCCAGCUGUGUGUCCUUAAAGAGUGACCGGUCCAUGGAGCCACCACUGCUUUUUAAAGGACAAGUUUUACAACUGACAGAGAGGAAGCUGGAAGAACCAGAACCCAGUUGUGUGUCCAUGAAGAGUGACAGGUCUAUGAAACGUUUUAUAUCCUUCAAAGAUGGACGUCACUCUGUUGAUCAAAGAGUCGACCAGGAGAGCUCAGAGGUUCCCAGUGGUCAGUCUGCCCAGCAGCAUCAAACACACCUGGACUCCAUAUUUAUGCUGCUGGAGGAGAACAUUGUCAUUUUUGUGAAGAACGAACUGAAGAAGAUCCAGAAGGCUCUGAGUUCAGGUUACCCAGAAUGCUCAGAGAGUCAGAGGGAGGAUGAGGAGGUGUUGGAUGGUGAGGAGGAAGAGCAGAAGAGGAGCAGCAGAGACGCACUUCUGAAGAUCACACUGCACUUUCUGAGGAAAAUGAAGCAGGAGGAGCUGGCUGACUGUCUGCAGAGGAGACAUCCUUUUCCAGUUUAUCAGCAUAAACAUAAAUCUAACCUGAAGAAGAAGUUCCAGUGUGUGUUUGAGGGGAUUGCUAAAGCAGGAAAUCCAACCCUUCUGAACCAGAUCUACACGGAGCUCUACAUCACAGAGGGAGGGACUGGAGAGGUCAAUGAUGAACAUGAGGUCAGACAGAUUGAAACAGCGUCCAGGAAACCAGACAGACCAGAAACAACAAUCAGAUGUGAAGACAUAUUCAACCUCUCACCAGGAAGAGAUGAACCAAUCAGGACAGUGAUGACAAAGGGAGUGGCUGGCAUUGGGAAAACAGUCUUAACACAGAAGUUCACUCUGGACUGGGCUGAAGACAAAACCAACCAGGACAUACAGUUCACAUUUCCAUUCACUUUCAGAGAACUGAAUGUGCUGAAAGAGAAAAAGUACAGCUUAAUGGAACUUGUUCAUUACUUCUUUACUGAAACCAAAGAUGCAGGAACCUGCAUGUUUGAAAAGUUCCAGGUUGUGUUCAUCUUUGACGGUCUGGAUGAGUGUCGACUUCCUCUGGACUUCCACAACAAUCAGAUCCUGACUGAUGUUACAGAGUCCACCUCAGUGGAUGUGCUGCUGACAAACCUCAUCAGGGGGAAACUGCUUCCCUCUGCUCGCCUCUGGAUAACCACACGACCUGCAGCAGCCAAUCAGAUCCCUCCUGAGUGUGUUGACAUGGUGACAGAGGUCAGAGGGUUCACUGACCCACAGAAGAAGGAGUACUUCAAGAAGAGAUUCCGAGAUGAGGAGCAGGCCAACAGAAUCAUCUCCCAUAUCAAGACAUCACGAAGCCUCCACAUCAUGUGCCACAUCCCAGUCUUCUGCUGGAUCACUGCUACAGUUCUGGAGGAUAUGUUGAAAACCAGAGAGGGAGGAGAGCUGCCCAAGACCCUGACUGAGAUGUACAUCCACUUCCUGGUGGUUCAGUACAAACUGAAGAACAUCAAGUAUGAUGGAGGAGCUGAGACAGAUUCACACUGGAAUCCAAAGAGCAGGAAGAUGAUUGUGUCUCUGGGAAAACUGGCUUUUGAGCAGCUGCAGAAAUACAACCUGAUCUUCUAUGAAUCAGAUCUGACAGAGUGUGGCAUCAAUAUCAAAGCAGCCUCAGUGUACUCAGGAGUGUUCACACAGAUCUUUAAAGAGGAGAGAGGGCUCUACCAGGACAAGGUGUACUGCUUCGUCCAUCUGAGCGUUCAGGAGUUUCUGGCUGCUCUUUAUGUCCAUUUGACAUUCACCAACUCUGGUGUCAAUCUGCUGUCAAAAGAACAAUCAACCUUCCAGAAAUCUGAAACUAGAAAAGAUGAAUUUGCGACACAGUUCUACCAGAGUGCUGUGGACAAGGCCUUACAGUGUCAAAAUGGACACCUGGACUUGUUCCUCCGCUUCGUGCUGGGCCUUUCACUGCAGACCAAUCAGACUCUCUUACUAGGCCUGCUGACACAGACAGAAAAUAGCUCAAAAACCAAUCAGGUAACAGUCGAGUUCAUCAAGAAGAAGAUCGAAGAGACUCCCUCUGCAGAGAAAAGUAUCAAUCUGUUUCACUGUCUGAAUGAACUGAAUGAUCGUUCUCUAGUGGAGCAGAUUCAACAGUCCCUGAGUUCAGGAAGUCUCUCCACAAACAAACUCUCUCCUGCUCAAUGGUCAGCUCUGGUCUUCAUCUUACUGUCAUCAGAAAAAGAUCUGGAUGUGUUUGACCUUAAGAAAUACUCUGCUUCAGAGGAGGCUCUUCUGAGGCUGCUGCCAGUGGUCAAAGCCUCCAAGAAAGCUAUACUGAGUGGCUGUAAUCUGUCAGAGAGAAGCUGUGAAGCUCUGUCCUCAGUUCUCAGCUCCCAGUCCUCUAGUCUGAGAGAGCUGGACCUGAGCGACAACAACCUGCAGGAUUCAGGAGUGAAGCUGCUGUGUACUGGACUGGAGAGUUCACACUGUACACUAGAAACUCUCAGGCUGUCAGGCUGUGAGGUCACAGAGGAAGGUUGUGAUUCUCUGUCCUCAGCUCUGAGCUCCAACCCUUCCCAUCUGAGAGAGCUGGACCUGAGCUACAAUCAUCCAGGAGACUCGGGAGUGAAGCUGCUGUCUGCUGGACUGAAGGAUCCACGCUGGAGACUGGACACUCUCAGGGUGGAGCCUGGUGGAGUCCGAUGGAUGAGUCCAGGUCUGAAGAAGUAUUCCUGUGAACUCGCACUCGACACAAACACAGUAAACAGAAACCUCAAACUGUCUGACAACAACCGGAAGGCGUCAUAUGUGGAGGAGGCUCAGUCAUAUCCUGAUCAUCCAGACAGAUUUGACCGGUGUCCUCAGGUGCUGUGUAGAAAUGGUCUGACCGGUCGCUGUUACUGGGAGGUCGAGUGGAAAGGAAGAGUCUCUAUAUCAGUGACUUACAGAGGAAUCGGAAGGAAAAGAGACAGUGAUGACUGUGUGUUUGGAGAGAAUGAUCAGUCCUGGAGACUGAUCUGCUCUGAUGGUGGCCGUUACUAUGUCUGGCACAAUAACAGAAGAACAUCCAUCUACUCCUCCUCCUCCUCCUCCUCUGUCUCUAAUAGAGUAGCAGUGUAUGUGGACUGUCCUGCUGGCACUAUGUCCUUCUACAGAGUCUUUUCUGACACACUGGUCCACCUCCACACCUUCAACACCACAUUCACUGAACCUCUUUAUCCUGGCUUUGGGUUUGGAUUCUUGGCUGGUUCGUCAGUGUCUCUGUGUUCUCUGUAGGAAGGAUAGUCUCCUCCUAUUAGAGAAACAUUUCUCAGUUGAGUCUGUACAGGAUCACAGUUACAUAAUAUUUCAGGAUAUUAUAAUAAAUUCAUCAAUUAAUUUCGUACAAAAUCAUUCAAAAUGAUUCCUCAUUUACAUUGUAAACUUCUUCCACUUCCAGUCCUUUAAAGUUGGCACCUCUGAUCAUUGAAUUAUGGAACUGCUGUUGACUCAACUGAACUUUCCAAACGUUCUUGGAAUGAAAGAACAGGAAAAAACUAUGCUGAGACAUGUUUUGCUGUCAUUUCUGGCCGCGCUGCUUCUGUCCUCGCGUCGCCUGCUCCUUGUGUUACUGUGGCGGGGCUCAGGCAGCUCCUCUCUCCACACACACACAACUUGGCGACUUUCUCACUAGAUUUAGCGACUUUUCAGACCCUCUUAGCGACUUUAUUUCUAAAAAGCGACUAGCGACACAUUUAGCGACCUAUUCAGACCAUCAUAAAGAAAUAUAUAAAAAUAUAUUAUAAUAUAUAUUAUAAUGUGAUUCCCAUGCAUGCUGCUCAGAUUAAUCGCAUUGCUUAUUUCUCACCUCAGAUUUGUUCAGAAACAGAUUUUGGUGGAGUAUAUAUAAAUAUCCCAUAGUCCCACAUUUCUCAAAUCGCAAUGCGCCAAUCACUGUGGUGACGGUUUUCACUCAUCACUGUGAUGAGUGAUCAGUGUUUUAAUAAGCUGUGUCCUUGUUUUAAAAGCUGUUUACAGUGUGUCACAUUUUCAUAAAUCAGUUUUAAUGUUCAAUGUUUCAAAAAGCUUUGUCAGUAUUCUCAGGCCCAUGCCUAGUGUCCAGUGUUGCCAACUUGGCAACUUUGUCAUUAGAUUUAGCGACUUUUCAGACCCUCUUAGCGACUUUAUUUGUAAAAAGCGACUAGCAUCAAAUUUAGCGACCUAUUCAGACCAUCGGGGGGAAAGGCGAGAAAUAUAUUUAAAUAUAUUAUAUUGUAAUUCUGCGUCUCCCUUCCCUCUCCUCUUGCGCUGUGCGCAGGCAGUCAGUGUGCGGCGUGUGGGUCGGCUUCACUCUUUCUCUCUGGAUCUCUCAUUUUCAGAAGGAGCUACUAAGAUUGACAAAGUAUCUCUUGAUAAGAUGUGCAGAUGUCAGGGAGUCCAGGUUUAGAGUGUGGCAUGUGGGGCAGCUUCACUCUUUCCCUCCGGAUCUCUGGAUUAGGAUGUUAUAGCUUGUAAAUAUGUAAAUAGUUUGUUUGUGCUUAUCUCUCACUCUUUCCCUCUGGAUUAAGAUGUUACUACAGGUUGUAAAUAUGUAAAUAGUUCGUUUGAUCUUGCAAAUAUUUAAGUUGUUUGAUCUUCUCCUUCCCUUUGUAGAAUUUUUUAUUUAUUUAAAAAUUUAAUUAAUGAUCGCUCCCUCGUGCUAGCUACUUUCAUUGGAAAAGAGUUGGCAACGCUGCUAGUGUCUAGAUACUAGGAUCUUCCACUUCCAUAGUACCCAACUGGUUUUCACAUCAUAAUUGCACACAAGGAGAAGGAGCACACACACACAAACACAUGUAUGAGGGGCCGUACAAGCCAGAAUUCAUUCUGGCCCUCUCACAUACAUACAUACAUAGAUUAAAUUUGACACAUAAGCAGUACUGUAGAGAACUCAGCAUGGCAGCGUAAGUGGGCCUAACAGGGAGGUACAUCUGGGUGUCAUCAGCAUAACAUUUUUUUCUUGCACAUACAUAUAUUUUUAACAUUAUCCUUUUACAUACAUAGAUUUUCACUCUCACAUACAUUCUCGUGUUCUCAAGACGUGUUAUUGAGUGUAAUAUGUUCAUUUAGGGUUGUGAAUACAUCAUUUACUGAGAAACUAAUGUUAUAUGAACAAGGGGUUAAAUUGAGUUACAUCCCCUCUGUAGAUAUGUACAAUUUGCAUUGUACAUAUCCCCCCCAGCUAGUUGGUGUCGUUUUGCAAUGCCCAUCUAGCUAGCUAAUGCUAGUUUCCAGUAAAAUACCUGGCGUUAUUGUGAGUAUUAUUAUUUUAUUUAGCUUUUAUUAUACCAGGAAGUCCCAAGUGGUAAAAUAUUUAGCUUACAAUUGAAAAGGUACUAAGUCGUAAUCUGGAUCAGAAACAGGAGCACACAUCUUGCAUAAGACUGAAUAAUAACUGAACUGAUUUUAAGGUACAAAGUGGGCAAGCUGGAGCUUUGACUGAAGACUAGGAUGAGGGUGCAAGGUAAUGAAAUGGGCAGAAACAGCUCUGAUUCUGGGGAAAUUAAGAAGAAAGCAGGACUAUGAUAUUUAGCUAAAGGUAUUGCUGACUAUUUGGAGUUGUCAAGUAGGGAGGCAGCAUAUGAGAUGUGUUAAGCAUUUUGUCAAUAAAAGUGAUAAAAGUAAUAAAAGUA